AUGGACGGUGCCGAGGGCCCUCCUCUCUGCUUUCCCAACCUAAAUUCCUCCUGCACGAGGCCGCUGCCUCGACCCCACUCUGAGACUGCGGUUCUCCACACCCUGCUGGCCUUCAUCUCUCUGCUCACAGUGACGCUCAACCUGCUCGUCAUCAUCUCCAUCUCCCACUUCCGGCAGCUUCACACCCCGACCAACGCCCUGCUUCUCUCCCUGGCUGUGUCCGACCUGCUGGUGGGGCUGCUGGUGAUGCCCAUCGAGGGCUUGCGCUACAUGGAGACAUGCUGGCUGCUGGGGAGGCUCAUGUGUGCUCUGACUCCUUUGAUUUCUUACUGUCUGCUCUCUGCCUCCGUAGGCAACAUGGUGCUCAUAUCCAUAGACCGAUAUCUGGCUAUCUGUGACCCACUGCUCUAUUCAUCCAAGAUCACACUGAACAGAGUUAAAAUUUCAAUCUGUGUAUGCUGGGCUUGUUCAAUUAUCUACAACGGGUGCAUUCUGGUGGGACACUUAGGGCAGCCGGACAGAUUCAGCUCCUGUCAUGGGGAGUGUGUGGUGGUCAUCAGCCACAUCUCAGGAACUGUUGAUCUCUUUAUGACCUUUGUCGGGCCUUGUACUGUCAUGGUUGUUCUCUAUAUGAGAGUGUUUAUGGUUGCUUUGUCUCAGGUGCGUGUCAUUCGACUGCAGACUGCUGCCUCCACUGUGCGAGCAGCUCCGGUUGCUAAAAAAUCAGAGAGGAAGGCAGCCAGGACUCUUGGGAUUGUGAUAGCUGUGUUUCUGAUGUGUUUCUGUCCAUAUUAUUAUCCCGCUUUCAUAGGUGCGGACACCUCAAACAGCUUGUCAUACUUUGCGGUCUUGUCUUGGAUCAUGCUGACCAACUCUUGUGUGAACCCUCUGAUCUAUGCUCUCUUCUACCCCUGGUUUAGGAAAGCUAUCAAACUCAUCGUCACCCUCAGAAUACUGCACAGUCACUCUCGGGAAGUCAAGAUGUUGUAG